AUGCUUUGGCGCUACGGAAGAUUUCCCUUCAGACGCGGCAGCAAAGAAAGAAUUCAAACAGCUGUCUUCUCUCCUCCUUCUCCUCUGCAGCAGCAGCAGCAGCAGCAACAGCAGCAGCCGCAGCAGCAGAGGCAGCAGAAGCAGCAGCUGCUCGCAAUCGCCGUCGCACCACCCUCACCAGUAACACAAGCAGCAGCAACAACAACACCAGGAGAAGCCUCACCUGCAGCAGCAGCAACAGCAGCAACAGCAACAGCAGCAGCUCCAUCAGCUGCUGAAUUAGCUGCGGAGUAUUCGCUGCUUAUAAGAGAGCUCAGGGAGCUCCUAGCCGAUGAACCCUCUCAACCUGCAGCAGCAGCAGCAGCAGCAGCAGCACCUGCCUCUGCUGCUGCUGCUGCUGCUGAUGUUUUAAGCCGAUUGCAGCAGCAGCAGCAAAAGUUAGCUGCGCGUCUUCUGUUGCUGCAGCAGCAAUUCAAGACUUUGCUGCUGUCUGUACACUGCAACGGACCAGGCGCGGAGGUAUUCGAUGUACAGAGUGACCCGAAGCUACUUUGGCGGCAAGGGCUUCCAGGUGUCUGCAGCAGUGCUGCUUUUAGUGCAGCAGAGCAGCAGCAGCAACUGCAGCAGCAGCAGCAGCAGCAGCGGCUAGCAGUAGGACUGAGCUCUGGGGGGUUGCUGCUGCUGGGGGGACGUGAUGGCUCUCUUAUUGCAUGCAGGAGGAGGCAUGCCCACUUCAGCAGCAGCAGCAACAACAGCAGCAGCAGCAACAGCAGCAGCAGCAACAGCAACACGGAUGCGCAUGCCGUGGAGCAUGCAGCUGCAGCAGAGCAGCAGCAGCAGCAGCACGUGGCUAAAUGGCAGCAAGGAGCUGAGAAAGGGAAGGAUGGGUUAUUUAAUUGCCCCUUGCUGCUGCAGCAGCAGCAACAGCAGCAGCAGCAGCAGGAGAUGCAGCUGCGGCUGCAAGCCUUCAAGGGAGAAGUUAAUAAUUUGCUGCAGCGAAGUCUGCUGCAGAUGGAGUGGCUUGAGACACACCAGCAGCAGCAGCAGCAACAGCAGCAGCAGCAACAGCAGCAGCAGCAGCAGCAGCAGAAUGGGGAUGGAGCAGCAGUUGUUGCGCUGCAGUGGUUUGGCUUAGAUGUGCUGCUGCAGCAAAGUCCUUUCUAUGAUGCUGUUCAUGCUGCUGCUGCUGCUGCUGCUACGCUGCAGCCAGAUCCCCUAUGUAUAUCUGCUGCUGCUGCUGCUGCAGCAAGAGACAUCGUAGGCACCUGCCGCAACAGCAGCAGCAGUGACAGCAGCAGGGAAGGAAGCCGCAGCAGCAGCAGCAACAGCUGCGACCCAGAUGCAGGCGCCCUGCUGCUGCAUGCUGCUCGAUUCAGCAGCAGCAGCAGCAGCAGCAGUUCAAUGCAGUGUCUGCUGUCUGUUGAUGCUGCUGGCUGCUGCUGCUUCUCCUUAGAGGGUUUGCUGCCUCUUGCUGCGCUGCAGCUGCUGCAGUUGCUGCCUCCUGGGGAGACACCCCUGCUGCAGCCCCAAGUGUCUCGCCACUUAUGCUGCAUGCGGCAGCAGCAACAACAGCAGCAACAGCAGUCACAGCUUCAACAACAGCAACAGCAGCAGCACGAGCAGCAGCAGCAGCAGCAGGAACAAAAGUUGCUGCUGCAGUCGCAGGCUUCCCCAGCUAAGAGGAAGAGAGCAGCAACUCCCUCUACCCCUCGGCUGCAGCGGCAGAAUUGCAGCAGCGGCAGCAACAACAACCUAUGUAGCAGCAGCAGCAGCAGCAGCAGCAGCAGCGACAACUGCUGCUGCAGCACAAGAAGCAAAGAAGGAGACGAAUGGAGUGCCAGCAGCCGCUUGACGCCGCUGCGGCGGACUAUGCAGCAUCGAGACAUCUCCCAGCGAGCAGCAGCAGCAGCAGCAGCAGCAGGAAAAUCUGCUGCUGCUGCAACAGCCGCAGCAGCAGCAGCAGCAGCAGAAGCUGCGCGUACACCUGAUGCAUCGCGCCACAGCUGCCUUCUCUCAGAGUCGCAUUCCUUUCGAUCUGCAGCAGCUGCUGCAGGAGGUGCUGAGACUGCAGCAGCAGCAGCAACAGCAGCAGCAGAAGAUAAGCAGCAAACAUUUGCUGCUUCUGCCCCCCUAAGGCUGCUGCUGCAGCAGCAGCAGCUGCAAGUCCAAUCUGUCUCUCUGUGGCCUUCUCUUGACUGCCUUGCAUUUCUGCUUGCACCCACUGCUGCUGCUGCUGCUGCUCCCGCUGCUGCUGCUGCUGCUGCUGCAGGCAGCUGUGGGGGAGAUUCAUCGGAGAGCAGCAAACUGAGGUGCAGCAAGCAAGUCCUUGGUUAUACACAAAAAAGGGAAGCAACAGCAGCAGCAACAGCAGCAGCAACAGCAGCAGAAUCUGUGAGCUCAAGCCGAGCUUCGGAGGAGCAGCAGCAACAGCAACAGCAGCAGCAGCAGCGUGAUGGCUUCUUGCUGCUGCUUUCUGUCCCUCAGCUGCCUGCGUUACUAAGAUUUAUUCCUGCUGCGCUGCUGCUGAUGGAGGCAGCAGCAGAUGAUAUUGCUUUUGCUGCUGCAGGGCUGCAGCAAGUACAGGGCUUGUGGGGUGCUGCUGUUGCUGCUGCUGCUGCUGUUAUUGCUAACACUGCUGCUGCUGCUGCUUCUGCUAGGACACCUUCCUCCCCUUUCCUUUUGCGGCAUCGAGUCGGUGCAUUCAGGACGCAGCAGCAGCAGCAGCAGCAGCAAAAUGCUGCAGCAGGGCAGCAGCCGGGGCUUCCUGCUGCUACAGAUGCUCCCGAGCCAUUGGCAGCGGCAGCAGCAGCGGCAACAACAGAAGCAGGUGCUGCUGCUGCUCCUAGUACUAGUUUUGCUGCAGCAGAGGCGGAGGGCUCCCCAAUUGAUUCAUGCUCGAACCAGCAGCAGCAGCAACAGCAACAGCAACAGCAGCAGCAGCAGCAGCAGCCGCACUAUCCAGAGCUGCCACCCUGCAGUCGCGCGACUGGAAGUAUCUCUGGCAUGGAGUCUCUUCUGCCCACCACGCGCUCACAGUUGCUGCAGAUGACAAUAGUGCUGCAGCACAGCGUGCUGCCAGCAAUAGCACGAUCUAGACUAUGGACAGAUGCAGCAGCAGCAGCAGCAGCAGCUGUUGCUGCUGCUGUUGCUUCUACUGCUGCUGCUGCUGCUGCUGCUGUUAGUUCUGCUCCUGCUGAGUUUGCUUCCACGAGGACCAAAGAGUGUUCUGCAGCAACACCAGCAGCAGCAGACUCAGCAGCAGAGGAAACAGCAACAGCAGCAGCAGCAGCAGCAGCAGAUGCAGCAGCAGCAGCAGCAGCAGCAGCAGAAGAUGCUCGUCAGUUAUCAUCAAGGGCUGAGAGGGAGACAAGACGUUUGCUGCUGCAGCUGAAGCAACUGCAGCAAGACAUUAGACAUAUCAGGCAACAAAUGACGAAGGGUUUCUCCUUGAAUGGAGGAGCUGCUGUUGCUGCGCUGCAGCUGCCUGAUUUUGCUGCUGCUUCCCCUGCACAGUUGCUGCCGGUGUCUCCUGCUGCUCUUGCGGAUGCUGCUGCUGCUGCUGCUGCAGCAGCAGGAAGGAAGCAGCUGCAGCAUCACAGCUUCCCCCUUCCUCACAACUCUGGUGGAUUUGCAGUCUGGUGGGCCGCCGCUGCACCCGCCGCAGCAGCAGGAGCAGCAACAGCAGCAGCAGCAACACCAUCAGAAACACCGGCAGCUGCAGCAGCAGGAGCUGCAGCAGCAGCAGCAGGGGAACACUCUCCUUCAGCGCCGUCGUGGGUCUCGCGAUGUUGUAUUGAUGUUUCUGCUGCUGUUGCUGCAGCUACACGUGUACACAGCAGCAGCAGCAGCAGCAGCAGCAGCAGCAAUGGUGGCAGCAACUGCGGAGGGUUCCCCGCGGCGUGGAUAGACAGCUGGCAGUUGUCCUUUGGCGCACAGGAGAGCAGCAGCAGCAGCAGCAGCAGCACUCCAACCACUACCAGCAGCAGCAACAACACUACCAGCAGCAGCAGCAGCAGCAGCAGCAGCAGCAGCAGCAGCAGCAGCAGCAGCAGCAGCAGCAGCAUGCCUGGAGAUUCUUCUAGUUUAUGUGUGUCGCCUCUGCAGGACAUUUUUGCUGUUAGUCCUACAGAAGUCUGUGCUGCAGCAACGAGUGGAAACGAUCCGCUGCUGCUGCUGCUGCAGGUUCAGCAGCAGCAGCAGCAGCAGCAGCAAAUGCAGCUACUGCAGCAGCAGCAGCAGCAGCAGCAGCAGCAGAUGCAUGCAGUAGUGAGGAGACUGGAUGGGUUUUGCGGUUUGCAUCGUUUUGCUCCAAACGACCUUCGGCUGUCAAUUGAAUCAAAGACAAAUGGAGAUGCACGGAGUAGAAACAACACAGAACAGAAACAGCAGCAGCAGCAGCAGCAGCAGCAACAGCAGCAGCAACAGCAGCACCAGCAGCGACAGCAGCACCAGCAGCGACAGCAGCAGCAGCAGUGA